GUAGAAGCCGCGGGUGGCGGCAGUCUUCUGGUGGUGUCUGAGCUGUUGCCACCAUGUCCCUAGCGGCCUCGGCUGGCAGGGGCUCGGGGGCCGUGUGGUCCCCAACCCAUGUGCAGGUGACGGUGAUGCAAGCACGGGGCCUCCGGGCUAAGGGCCCCGGGGGCACGAGCGACGCGUACGCGGUGAUCCAGGUGGGCAAGGAGAAGUACGCCACCUCGGUGUCGGAGCGCAGCCUGGGUGCGCCCGUGUGGCGGGAGGAGGCCACCUUCGAGCUGCCGCCGCUGUUGUCCUCCGGGGCCGUACCGGCCGACGCUGCAACCCUGCAGCUCACUGUGCUGCACCGCGCGCUGCUCGGCCUGGACAAGUUCCUGGGCCGCGCCGAGGUGGAUCUGCGAGAGCUGCACCGGGACCAGGGCCGUAGGAAGACACAGUGGUACACCCUGAAAUCCAAGCCAGGGAAGAAGGACAAAGAGCGAGGGGAGAUUGAGGUUGACAUCCAGUUUAUGCGACACAACAUGACAGCCAGCAUGUUCGACCUCUCCAUGAAGGACAAGUCUCGGAAUCCGUUUGGGAAACUGAAGGAUAAGAUCAAGGGACGGCAUAAGGACAGCCCGUCAGAUACCGUCUCAGCCAUCGUGUCUGCCACAGCGCCCUCCGGUGACAGUGACGAUGAGUCUCCAUCCAAAGACAAGAAGAAGAAAUCGAAGAUCAAGAGCUUGUUCUCCAAGUCUAAUUUGCAGAAGACGCCACUCUCCCAGUCCAUGUCUGUCCUGCCGACUUCCAAGUCGGACAAAGUGCUGCUGCGUCCUGGGGACUUUCAGUCCCGGUGGGAUGAUGAUGACGACAAGGACGAAUCCUCCUCUUCUUUGGACGUCACGUCUCACAAGAGAACAGCAAGUACAGAUCUUAAGCAACUGAACCAGGUCAACUUCACCCUCCCCAGGAAGGAAGGACUCUCCUUUCUCGGUGGCCUUCGGUCUAAGAAUGACGUCCUUUCCCGCUCUAAUGUCUGUAUCAACGGGAGCCAUGUUUACCUGGAGCAGUCGGAAGCCAAGAGUGAGACCAAGGACAGCAGCCCCUCUUCCUCCCCGUCCCCUCAGGGCUUCAGAAAGAAGCAUUUAUUUUCAUCUACGGAAAACCUGGCUGUUCGGUCUUGGAAGGAGCCUGGGGAAGGCGGUGAGACGUCAUCUGACAGGCAGCUCUCCAGCUCUUCCACCAGCGACUCUGCGAAGUCCAUGUCUCUGCCAUCCUACCGGCCACUGGUCAGCGGGGAUAUUAAGGAAAACACAGCCCCAGGGAAUGCAGAGGCUGCAAAAGAAGCCAAAGAGAGCAAGAAACAGGAGAACAAAAAGACCUCUUUGCUUUCCCUAGUGACAGGGAAGAAGGAUGUGGCCAAGGGCAGUGAGGGCGAAAGGCCCUCUGUCAGCCCGGGGAAGGAGAAGGAGGGUGGGCUUGCCGGUGCCAGCCCGAGGGACGGAGGGCCGGGGCCUGUCGAGGAAAGCGUGAGGGGGUCUGAGAAAGAUACCUCGGCUGUCGUCCCUGGACGGGGCAACUCCCUGAAUCCUUUUGAAGAUGUGCAGAUCACAGAACCAGAAGCUGACCCAGAGUCCAAGUUUGAACCAAAACCACCAGUCCCCUCUGGCAGGACUCCCCAGACGCGAGCUGUGAAGCCCCGAGUGGACGUGUCUCCAGAGGCUCAGCCCACAGCCAGGUCCCUGCCUCACUCUGGCUCUCCUUCUCUUCCUGUUUCCCCUUCCAGUUCUGGUCAGGCACCUGUCCCCUCUGACUUGGGGCAUGGUUCAGAGACACCGUCCUCUGAGAGUCCUUCUGUCUCCUCCUCUUUCUCCUCUCCCAUAGCAGCUCCCAUUUCCACAUCCACUCCGAUCCAAGGAUGGCCUUCCAUAGACAAGGGCCGGGCCGGGUCUGAGGAACCAUCCCUGCCCCUUAAAGCAGAGUUGCAAAAGGAGAGUUUAACACCAGCUCCAAAUGCUGUUUCUUCUGCCUUGGGGCCACUUUCCGUACAGCCACACCUUCCAGGCUGUAUGGGGAUAGAGGAUUCCCCAACCGGGAGGACCCGUGAGACAGGGAUAGGAAGCGGGAGCAGUGACAAGUCAGAGGAGUUCCUUCCAGAACGACCUAAAGUGGGGCGACAAGAAGAGCUUCUGAGGCCCCCCACUGCCGAGCAGGACGACGCCCCAUCCUCUGGAGAGGCCCAGGGAGCUGCGCCUGCCCUCUCCUUCAGUGGCGGCCGCCUCGCAGGCCCAGGUGCUAAGUCUCAGUCUCAGGCUUCUGCAGAGAACACGGCUGGUGACAGAGGGGUGACUUUUUCAGCGACAGCGAUGGCGACCCCUCUUCACAUGGGUGAAUCGGUCCCCUCAGUUGACUCUGUGGUGCAGAAACCUGAAGAGACAGGACUGAACAUCAGCGAGGGCCCAAAGAAGGUUAAGAAGCGUGUGUCGUUUUCCGAGCAGCUUGUCACGGAGGAAGAGGUGGCCGGGUCUGCUGGGUGCAUAGAAGAGGGUGAAGGUCGUCUAGGGGAGCUGAUUACUGUGGGGACUGCCACUGGAGACAUGUCUGAGGCAGAGCCUGCUGUGGCUCCCCACACAGAAGACGCUGAGAGGGAGCCGGCAGCCGCACCUGGGCCGGUGACACGAGGUGCCCCAGCUCCCACCAAGGGUCAGCUCCUCCAAUCCUCCCGAGAGGAGAGUUUCUCCCAAGGCCCCACAAGUGAAGCAAGCUCAGCGGGAGACACUCCACUCCUCAGGAUUGAGGGAGACGACGUCUUUCUGGCUCAGUGUCAGAGCAAAGCCAGUGACCAUGAAGGUCUGCUGUCUGACCCCCUGAGCGACCUUCAGUCGGCCUCAGAUGUUAGAUCCCCCAUCAUGGCUGAUCUGAACUUAAGUCUUCCUUCCAUCCCUGAAGUCGCAUCAGAUGACGAAAGAGUAGAUCAGGCAGAUGAUGACAGAAAGACAGCACAGCUGGCAACUCUGGACACCAGAGCUUCGUCCUUGAGCAUGGGUGGCGGGCCAGAGGGGUCAGCACCCGCAGAGAGGCUGGGUGACUUCAGGUUCAAAGCACCCGCAGCGUCUGUGACAGCUCCUUCUGGGCAGACUGCAGCUUUAGGAGUUGACAAACCACACCCUGGCAAGAUCUCAAGUUUGGAGAAGCAGCUGCCAGGACCUGGCAGUGGUGAGGAAGAAAAACCAAAGGGAAGUGGGAGUGGUAGUCAGCCUCCGGGCGUGGCCCUGGACCCUCCUCUAUCCAGCCCCUCCCUUUCUGAGACCCCUCCUGCCACACACUCUUUCCCUAGCUCUCCACAUUCUGACACUCACCACACCAAUACAGCAGAAUCUCCAAAAAAAGCAACAGCAGAGGGCUCGGCGGGGAAAGGUGAAAAUUUUGGCAAGAGGAAGCCGCUCCUUCAGGCCUGGGUCUCACCCUCAGAGACACAUCCAGUCUCAGCUCAGCCAGGCGCUGGCCCUGGGUCAGCCACGCACAGACUUCACCCUGUGAAGCCAAUGAACACAACAGCCACCAAGAUUGCUACCUCCAGCUUCGGAACUGCCACCAUCAUCAGUGAGAACAUGAUCAAUGAAGCCAUAAUGAAGAAAUACAACCCCUCGGACCCUGCCUUUGCUUACGCACAGCUGACCCAUGAUGAGCUGAUCCAGCUGGUCCUCAAACAGAAGGAGACAAUAAGUCAGAAGGAGUUCCAGGUCCGUGAGCUGGAGGACUAUAUCGACAACCUGCUGGUCAGAGUCAUGGAGGAAACCCCCAACAUCCUCCGCAUCCCGGCUCAGGUCGGCAAGAAGGCAGGAAAGAUGUAAAUCGCUGGAAGAAAACGGAGACAUUUUUGCGAGUUUGUUUCCACCUGCUCUUGAGAUCAAGGAUGGUUUGCUCGACAGCCAGCCAGCAGGCUCCAAGUCACCAUCUCCGUCACUUGUUAUCUGGCCAGAGUCAAUUCCACCAGUUGAAGUUAGGUUAAUUAUUAUAAUGUAUCUUUUACUGUACGUUCCCAUGGCUUUAUGUUUAAAUGCCACUGUGCCUUUAACUGGCUUGUAAAUAUUUUAUGCCUACCAAAGAUGUGGCCUUCAGAGCUGGUCCUGAGCUGGAGAUUCAGAUGGCAUAGGAGCUGUUAACAUAUUUGAACACAGGGUUUUUUUUUUCUUUCUUAUUGUUUUUCAAUGUGUAUCCUCUGGUUGUUAAAGCUUAGGGUAAAAUGAGGAAAGGACCGUGCAGGUGGUGCUGUGUUACACAUAUUUUCUUGGCUUUUGAGUAGCUCAGGUAUAGCUUUGGCUACAGCUGCUAAAUUUCGAUACCAUGUAAACCUACCCAGCUUCUCAAAUUUGGGUCUUGUUUUUUUGACGGGAACAGAGGCAUUCAGGGAAAGCCUCUUUAUUGUGCCUUUCAGAUUUUGAACAAGCUGCCUUUCUAAACAUCAGCUUCUACUUGGCAGCCUUAUGCUCUUUAGAUCCAUAAGGCCAUUCAUUCUACGGGAGUUAACGAAAAGUCGAGUACAGGGAUUAGGAGAUUGCCUUGACAGGCGACUGGGUGAUCCCAGCACUCACUCUCCUCAGGUAUGGAAUGAUGUCGUAGGAUUCCUCUGGCCAUUUACCCUGUGCCUUCUCCUGGCUCCCUGGAUUCCUUGGCAGCACUUGUUGGGGGAGAGACCGGUCACCAGCUCCUCUCCAGCCCCUUCAUUGUGAAGGGCACAGGGAGUCAGUCUUGGACCACAAAGGGCUUGAACUGUGUUUACAUGUCUGUCCUUUGAAUACUUCCUGUCCCUGUCCCUAUCCAGUUACUUCUGGGAUACUGAGGAAGCUGUAGCGAGGGGCUUAACAAAGUUAAUAGAAUUUAAAAGCCAGUAGAAAACAGCAGUGCUGCAGCACUGCCUUCAUGAAGACACUCACAGGCAUUGUACCUCCUUGUUACAAAGUCGUGAAGAGCGACCAGCUGAUACUUAAUUUUUGCUUUGUUGUAUUUUUAAAACCAGAGUAAUAGACACGUACUUUUUAAACGAGGGUACUUGACCCUUUCUUAACUAAAAGGACCAGUUCAGAUUCUUCAGGUAAAUUCACUGUUAGUCACCUCAUGUCUGAAUUGCUUAUUUUUUUCUCCUGGUUGUGAUAGUAUCUUAUCAAAUCUUGUUAUCUCUCCUAAGGAAGAAUAUCACAGGUGCGUGGUGGGGGCAGGGAUGGAGGGGAUAGCGGUUAUUAAACUGGGACUUUCUUCUGUAUAUGUUUCUGUUAAAUUAAGAAGCAAGAUUAUUUGGCAGCAGAAUCCCUCUACAGGAUUUUCUUUGCUGCAGCAUUGGUUAUAUUGGAGCACUUUAAUCUGAAGGAUGAUACUGUAACUUGAUUUAUCUAAUGAGCUUUUAAUUACCUACAGUUAUUUUAUUUUAUUUAAUUCUCUCCUACAAUACUGGGGACCACUGUAAGCUUCUCAAACGACUUGUAUUUUUGUAGUGCUAUGAAAUUUAUUUACAGACCUAUAAAGAAAACUGUGUAUUCACUUGA